AGAAUGGAUUAGAAUACUGACUCAAUAGGAAAGUGAAUGAAGAAUUCUUAAAAAAUUGAAAUAUGAUUAGAGGAUUGAGAAAAACAUUGAUUUCUGAGAUGUCCUGAGUAGUAACAGCUGGCUGAGCCCGGCCUUGGCGGCCAUGGAGCUGGCUCAGAUGGUGACCCAGGCCAUGUGGGGCAAGGACUCUUACCUCAAACAACUCCCACACUUUACACUGGAGCUUAUCAAAAAGUGUCAGGAAAAGAAGAUCGAGAGUAUCUUUGACGUGAUGGAGAUGGAGGAUGAUGAUAGAAAUGAACUUUUACAGCUGAUGGAGGAACAAAUGGCUGAUGUGGCCAGGUUCUGUAAUAAGUACCCUAACAUUGAGAUGUCAUUCGAGGUCCAGGAAAAAGAGAGUCUUCACAGUGGUUCCCCAGUCAAUGUGCUGGUGUCCCUAGAGAGAGAUGAAUUAGUGGGGCAAGUAGUGGCACCAUUCUUCCCCCAGAAACGAGAGGAGCGUUGGUCGGUAGUGAUUGGAGACAACAAAUCUAACUCCCUCCUGUCCAUCAGAAGAUUGACCUUGCAGCAGAAGGCCAAGGUCAAAUUGGACUUUGUGGCCCCUUCCCCUGGUCACUAUAACUACACCAUCUUCUUUAUGAGUGACGCCUACAUGGGGUGUGACCAGGAGUACAAGUUCAGUAUUGAUGUGAAGGAAGGAGAUAGUGAAAGUGAAAGUGACAGUGAUUAGAUCAGCUGAUCUGCAAGUGAAAGUAACAAUUGUGGCAUAGGAAAAAUGAGGACAUAAUAAAAGUAAUAAAUAUUUCACAAAAAAGGAAACUGGAGCAAGGAUUCUUUGAUAUUUAUUGUAUAAUAAGAGGAUGAAAAAUAAUAUAGAGUUUUGAGAUUGGAUCAUGAUCAUUAUCAGCGACUAUUUACUUUUGUUGCCUGUAAUAUUAUGAUGGUUUUGUAUAUUAAUACAUGGUACGUACUAGUAUUUCAUUUUACAGUCAUUGUCACCAUUUUCAGUUGAAUUUUUAAAAUACUGUUAGAGACUUUUGAAG